AUGGUCGACACGUCCGAAGUUGAGGAUCAGUGCAAAGGCCCGCACUCGGACACCCCAGGCCUGCCCAAUCACGUGCACCCGGACGCCGCCGGCCUGCCCAAUCACGUGCACCCAGACGCCGCCGGCCUGCCCAAUCACGUCCCCCGCCGGCCCGACGAGGGGGACGGCAUGGCGGCGGAGGACGACCCCGACGGAGACGCCGGCUUCCAGACUCCGCCCACCGGCAGCUGCGAGCCCAGCCCCUGCCACUCCGCAAACGGAGACCCUCCUCCCCCUCCCCCCCAACAGGGAAACCCCCCCCCCCAGCAAAGCCCCCCCCCCCCGCCCAAGCUGCACCUGGACCUCUACAACUUCGAGUCCCCGGUGGCGGAGGGCAGCCGCUACGUGCUGACCAGCCCCCGGUCCCUGGAGGCGUGCGCCCGCUGCGGCGUGAAGCCCGUGGAGCUGCUGUCGCGCCCGCUGGCCGACUUCGCCCGCGAGGCGCCGGGCCGCUCCAUGCGCGUCGCCACGGGGAUGUUCGAGGUGUACGAGCGCGAGCGCCACGGCAAGCUGAGGCAGUGCCGCGAGGAGCGCGAGCGCAUCGUCCGCGAGGAGAAGAGGCGGGUCCUGGCGGCGGCCGUCAACGGGAACGCCGCCGCCGCCGCCGCCGCCGCCGCCGCCGCCGCCUCGUCUCCACAGCGUUCCGCGGAGAAGAGCCCCGACUCCGCCCGGGCGGGGUCCGGACCGCUGACGGCGUCGGCCCUUCACGACGCCGGAGCGGCGCCCGUGAGGUCCGCGCCCUCGGGUCCGGCUGCGAAAGCGGGCGUGGCCGCGUCGUCAAAGGCCUCGCCCACCAAGGCCGGCCACUCCCCGAAGUCGGGGUCCUCGAGGUCGUCGAGGACCGGGUCGUUCGGCUCCGCCUCCUCCAGGGGCCCCCACCUGGGGACGCCGAAGCAGGCCGCGCCCUCGUCCUCGGAGCCGGGGAAGACCCCGAGCAGGGUGGCCUCGUCCGGCCCCCCCCCGGUGACCCGCAAGUCCUCCGGGGGCAAGUCCUCCAACACCUUCCCCCGGUCGACCCCCAAGCCCCCGGCGUUCCCCCGAGCCAACUCCACCCUGGCCUCCAUCGUGUGCCGGCAGGCCGCCCCGGUCCCCUCGCUCCCCCUCAACGGCGUGCCCGGGGGGGCGGUGCCUCAGCACAACGGGCACGGCAAGGCCAAGAGCCACUCCACGGAGUCCCUCCAGCGGCGGCUGGAGUCCUCCACCUCCAACACCACCGUCACCACCGCCACCACCACCACCACCUGCACCUCCUCCGAGUCGGGCGCCUCCUCCUCCUACAGCUGGGAGGCCGGCCGGGACCACUGGGCCAAGAGGUCCAGCCCCCGCGCCCGCACCCUGGCCACCUUCAACUCCCUGAUGGGGCGGAGCCUGAGCCUGGGCGACCUCAGCCACUCCCACCAGACCACGCAGAAGGUGGAGCGCAUCGUGCGCGAGGUGCGGCGGCGGGGGCUCAAGGCCGUGCCCGAGCGCGACCGCAAGAUCGCGGCGCUGAUGCUGGCGCGCUACCAGGAGGAGGACAUCAUGAGCCAGACGCGCUACGUGGCGCACCUGCAGUGGGACAGCGAGAAGCGCAUGGACGAGCUGCGGCGCGACCAGGAGGAGCGCGAGAAGCAGCGCGCCGUGGUGCAGUGCCAGCGGGCGUGGCACUGCCAGGUGUCCACGCGCCAGCGCCGCCUCAGCCAGCAGGAGCGCGACUCGUCGGCCGCCAAGCUGCGGCAGGCGGAGGAGAGCGAGGAGCGCUGGAGGGAGCUGUCCGAGCAGCAGGAGCGCGGCCGUCUGCAGAGGCUGCAGCAGGCGUCGCGCGAGGAGAAGCAGAAGAAGGCGCUGCAGGAGCAGAACCUGAAGGCGCUGGAGGAGGAGCGGGGCGCCGUGCUGGAGCAGGAGCGCCUCCUGCUGGACGAGAGGCUGACCAUGGCCGAGCUGAAGCGGCAGGAGACGGAGCACCGCGCGCAGGAGGACCGCCGCGGCCUGAACCGCGCCGAGAAGCGCCGGCACGCGGCGCUCAUCCGGGAGAUCUCGCGGCGGGAGCAGGAGGAGCGGGAGGAGGCCCAGCGCGCGGCCGAGGGCAAGCUGAACCGCUCGCUGGAAAACUACGGGCAGAUCGUGGAGCGCCGGGGCCAGGAGCUGAAGGAGAAGGCGCGGCGCGAGGAGAAGCAGAUCCUGAAGGCGCGGCGGGCGGCCGAGCAGCGGGAGCGGCAGCAGCAGCAGCAGCUGGAGGCCCGCGUGAAGGAGGCCGACAGGAGGGCCGCGCAGGCGGCGCUGGCGGCCGAGGAGAAGGCGCGGGAGAAGGCCCAGCGCGCGGCGCAGAGCCGGCAGGAGAAGGAGAGGCUGCAGCGGCUGAACCGGCGGCGGGUGGAGGACGAGGAGCAGCAGAGGCGGGCGGAGCUGCUGCAGUCCAUCGAGAAGAAGCUGGAGAAGAGCGAGCAGAUCUUCAAGGAGAAGCGCGCCGUGCUGGAGAGCGCCCGCUCCACCGCGCGCGCCUCCUUCCACGUGCGCGACCGCGUGCGCGAGGAGACCAACAUGCGCACCUUCGACAAGAUGGCGCUGGAGGCUCAGCUGGCCGCCGGGCUGGACGGGAAGUGA